UCCACCAUGGCUGGUCUGUGUAUAAAGUGCUGUCGGUCCGUUAAGCACCUGCCUACAAGGUUGAUCUGUGUCCUGAUCAUACUCCUACAGGCGGCCGGCCUAGACUACUACCUCGUCACUUACAAAAACCUCAACUGGGCAGGCUGGGCGGCUGCUGACAUUGUCAUCCUCCUCCUCCUCCUCAUCACCUUCUACUUUGGCUACAGAUUUCACCGUCAACAGAAGGCUUCCGGAGGAGAGGAUGAAGAAGACAUAGAACUUCACACACGUGCCGGUGUUGUGACCUGGUUUGUUUAUGCAGCAGUUUUAUGUUUCAAAGUGUCUUAUGCAUUUAAAGAUUUUUCACACAAGUUGGAUGAAAGUGAUUUCUUUGGACCGAAUACUCUUAAAACGACCAUAGCGUUAGCUGGAAUAGUGUUUCUGAUUCUACUCACCACGCUACACGACGCAAAGCCAGGUUCUAGCAGGCGAAAGUACAUUGAUGAGCUGACAGGAACUGUCAUAUUCGACAUUUUGGAUUGUGUAGACAGCAUGGAGAUCUUAUUCGACGAAGAAGCACGGCGUAGUAUUUUACCAAGUCUGGAUGAUACUAUCAUAGGCAUUGCAUGUAUAAACUUUUUGUUGCCAACAAUUCCACUGAUAACGUUAUCGAGGACAAAUUUCGGGCAUAAGAAACUAUCGCAGAAGAUGGUGAUUCUACAUAAAGUGUUGCUGGCGUUCGUUGUGAAUCUGCCUCUCCUGAUCACCCGUAUGGUGAUAUGGCAUGGCAUGAGUCACGGUAUUUCUAUAUUUUCUUUGAAAAACAUCAUUGUUAUAGGCAUUGUGUCCUAUGACCUUUACGAGACUCACGAGAGUGAAGGCGAUGAACCAACUCAGGGUAGCACGGCUAACAACGUGCCCAGCUAUGGUAUGGAGGAUAGGUAUAACUAUUCGUAGACUAUUUCUCACCUUACAUGCAUGUAGUCCUCGAUGACCUUAUAUUAGAUAAGCCGAACUCCUAUCAUGAGAAUCACACACUAAGUGUUUAUAGUAAUUUUAGUUGGGUGCUAAGUUUGGUAUAUUUUAGUAUAAAUGGAAUACAUGGACGACAUUUUCUUUCCUUGCAUGACAGAUAAAUAUUCAUGUCGCCCUAACGGUUGACAUUCCAUUUAUCUGUCACCCAAAUUGCAUUCAUAUCGAGUGUAUACUGCAUCUGGUAACAGUUCAAUGCUUAAAUGAAUAACAUCACACAUUGCAUCCAUAUGAUCAAGUUAUAGUAUGGGAACGUAGUUUUUAAUUUUCUUGCGUAGUACCGCAUCGGGGAAAUUUCGCUUGUUGGGGAUGAGGAGUAGCAAAUUGUCUGCGAGAAGUAAAUUGAAACGACUCGUAAAAAGUAGAGGUGAAAACGAACAUGAAGAAACUGGGUAUAUUUCCGACAUCUAUAGAUGCUAAUGUCUUGUACUAUCACAUGUGUGCAUCAAAGAAGUAAAUGUGAUCUUAGGUAUUCAAAUGAUAUUAAAUUGAUGAAAGAGGUAACAUUGUAUUAUAUAUGCAGGAAAUAACAUUAGUAAUUCUACAAUGUACUGUCCCUGAAAGGGGCCGCGAUUUGAGAUUAAGGUAAAUAGUACCUUUUGAAAAAAUAAUAGCAGGACUGUUUCACUCGUCCCUAUCUUAUCAGCUAUAUAUUACACCGAUGCAAACCAAAAAUUGUACUAUUUUCUUGUGUAAUAAUAAUAAUAUACAACAUUUGAUAUAGCGCCCUAUCUAGCUAACAUAAGCCACUCUAAAGCGCUU